AUGCAAGGCUUUGACUACAACAUUGCUCUGACGAUAUUCUACAUAUUUUACAUCCUGGCGGACAUCCCCUCCAACCUCGCGCUCAAACACUUCGGCUCGAUGUGGCUGGCAGCAAUGGUCACCUGCUUUGGCGUUGUGUCCAUCGGAACAGCUUUCGUCAAGUCGUAUGGUGGUCUUAUAGCAACGCGAAUAUUUCUGGGAAUAGCAGAAGGUGGGACUCUGUCGGGUUUGGCGUAUAUCGUGUCGCGCUAUUAUCGGCGACACGAAUUUGUCAUGCGUCUGGGGAUUUUCUUCGGUACCAGCACACCCCUAGCGGGUGCUUUUGGCGGUCUUCUGGCAUCGGGAUUGCUUACGGUGAAUGACAUUGGCGAAAUCAAGUCGUGGCGGAAGAUCUUCUUCUUUGAAGGGAUAAUCACCACUGGAAUUGGCUUGUUGUGCUUCAUUAUAAUCCCAACCGACCCCCAGCGAACACGGAUGCUGAAUGAGGAAGAAAGAGCACUGGCGUUAGCACGCAUCGAGGCAGAUCAGGUCGUAAGCAUGCAAGGCCGGAAAGAGCGGACGUCAUUUAAGUUGGUUCGGAGGGCCUUCAAUGUCAACGCAUCGCUAUGUCUCUUAGGAUACAUCUUCAUCAACAUCUCUUUUCAGGGUCUAAGUCUCUUCAUGCCGACGGUCAUUGCUACACUGGGGCAUUUCACAGUCGUGGAAUCGCAGCUGCGCACCGUGCCCCCAUAUAUCGUGGCCCUUUGCUGGUCGCUCUUCCUCUGCUGGGUGUCGUUCCGCAUCAAGAUUCAAUCCAUCCCAAUUUUAGUCUCCCUUGCAUUCAUGAUUGCGGGUUAUGCAACUUCGAUUGGAACGAAGGAUUCUCAUGCAAGGCAAGUGGAGGACAUGACAGCACAUCAUGAUUGGUUGAGCUGA